CCGCUUCCGGUGGGGCCGUCCCUAGCGGCGGAGAUGGCGGCGACUGCGGCGGAGGCUGCGGCCUCGGGCUCUGGAGAACCCCGGGAAGAGGCUGAAGCCCCCGGCCCCGCCUGGGAUGAGUCCCAACUGCGCAGUUAUACCUUCCCGACCCGGCCCAUCCCGCGUCUGAGUCAGAGCGACCCCCGGGCGGAGGAGCUUAUCGAGAAUGAGGAGCCUGUGGUGCUGACCGACACAAAUCUUGUGUAUCCUGCCCUAAAAUGGGACCUUGAAUACCUGCAAGAAAAUAUUGGCAACGGAGACUUCUCUGUGUACAGUGCCAGCACCCACAAGUUCUUGUACUAUGAUGAGAAAAAGAUGGCUAAUUUCCAGAACUUUAAGCCGAGGUCCAAUAGGGAAGAAAUGAAAUUUCAUGAGUUUGUUGAGAAACUGCAGGAUAUACAGGAGCGAGGAGGUGAAGAGAGGUUGUAUCUGCAGCAAACACUCAAUGACACUGUGGGCAGGAAGAUUGUCAUGGACUUCUUGGGUUUUAACUGGAACUGGAUUAAUAAGCAACAGGGAAAGCGUGGCUGGGGGCAGCUGACCUCUAACCUGCUGCUUAUUGGCAUGGAAGGAAAUGUGACACCUGCUCACUAUGAUGAGCAACAGAACUUCUUUGCUCAGAUAAAAGGCUACAAGCGAUGCAUUUUGUUCCCUCCGGAUCAGUUUGAGUGCCUCUACCCAUAUCCUGUUCAUCAUCCAUGUGACAGACAGAGCCAGGUGGACUUUGACAAUCCUGACUACGAGAGGUUCCCCAAUUUCCAGAACGUGGUUGGUUACGAAACAGUGGUUGGCCCUGGUGAUGUUCUUUACAUCCCAAUGUACUGGUGGCAUCACAUAGAGUCAUUACUAAAUGGGGGGAUUACCAUCACUGUGAACUUCUGGUAUAAGGGGGCCCCCACCCCUAAGAGAAUUGAAUAUCCUCUCAAAGCCCAUCAGAAAGUGGCCAUAAUGAGAAACAUUGAGAAGAUGCUUGGAGAGGCCUUGGGGAACCCACAAGAGGCCCCUUCGAGUGGCUAUUGGGAAUGAAUGAGACAGCUCAAGUGAAACAUCUCAGUGCCUAGUGCCUCCCUAGUAAGUGCCCAAUAAAUAUUAGUUCCCUUUCUUUCAUUUCUUUUCCCUUUAGGAAGCAGCUAGUUUACCCAGCUUAAAAGGGACUCAGUUGUCCACGCCUUGGUGUGAACAAGUAAUAUUGGAAUUCCCUUCUUGUCUAGGGUGAGAUCGGUUGUCGUAAGGAGUGUGAGUGUGAGUGAGGAAGAAUCAUGGGAGAAGGUGACAGGACUCUACUAUGUUGGAGCUGGAGUAGGGGUCCUUUGGUCAUCUAGUUGGUGUGGGGGUGAGUGAAGAACGCGUGAUGUCGAGAGGUGAGUUUGAAGAAAGAAGGUGGGUGCCGAGUGCUAGAGGGAAAAGCCAGUCGAGGGGUUGUGUGGAGUGGAGGACAGGACAGUGAGCUAUGGAUGAGAUCAGAGUCCUGCCAGGGGAACCCUAGGAAUUGUGACUACAACUCAAAGUUGUGAGAGAAGUCCUGCAUUCAGCCAGCUGUCAUCUUAAUACCUCAGAGUUGUGGUCCUCCCAGAAAGGAAGAAUAUAAAAAGAAAGCAGAAAUCUUCAAGAUGGAAAGACUUUUUAAGUGUUUUCAGAGUCAAGGAAAUGCACAACCUAAUCAAGGUAUCUGACAGCCUAGGUGGGGUUCAAGAUGUCUGAGAAAAUGCAGUUGGGUAUUGAAGCGCAUCAAACUCAGGGAUGUGAGCUGGGUGACCACCUUCUUAGGUAAUGGAGACCCCAUGAUAGAGAUUUCAGAGACAACAAAUAGGAAUUUAUGAGUCCCUUCUUAGAAUCCAGUCAGUAGCCCAAUCAGUGUUUCUGGUUGUUUUACCAUCUCAACCAUCUGAGAAGGCAACCUCCAAAAUGUCUGUGCAGCAUCAAUUGUUUCCUUGAUAGGUAAGCAUCUUUUAACUCUGGAGAACUUAGAAUGAAGGAUAGGCAUGUUUAAGAACAUGGAACCUGCAGCACUACUAUAUUUGCUCGAAGGAAUCUAUGCAGUUUGUUUUUAAAUCCUUAACAUAUGGAGGAGAAUUUGCCUUUUAGUUUGAUAGGUUUACCUUGUAAUACCAACUAAAGAGUGUUGAAUAAUUUAUUUAGACUUGAAUUUUAAGUCAAAAUCUCGCCAAGUCUCUAUAUUGUUUUGGAACAUUUAAAAUGAUUUGAGAUUUGCUGUAUUUAUGAACAUAAUCUAUUGGCGAUAUAAUAAUUAAGUACUUGGGAAAGUUUGUUUUAGUCAGAUAAAUGAAGUACUUAAGAAAUAAAAUAUAUUAACCUCACAUUACUCCUUUGUUUUAUAAACAAAAUAAUAAGGUUUGUAAGCUGAACUUAACAGCUUAGACAAGAACUAGGAUUUUGAAUAUGUAACUUCGAAAACUGAAUAUAAUUCUUAAAACCAAA